CCACUCUGUAGGGACACUUUGCUCUGUAGGGACACUUUGCUCUGUAGGGACACUCCACUCUUGUGAGAGCUCCCUGAUGCUGUUUUCAGUUGCUUCAUUUUCUUUCUGUUGUAGAAAUAAUUGUUGCAGUUUCUUUGUUGAUGUUCAGGCAGCUUGUGUACCCCUUCCCUUCCCCCUGCUGGGAGACUGCAGUAGCUAAAGCUCUCUAAAACAUCAAUGUCUUGCCCAAAAAUUAGCAGAUAAUAGAACAUUAAUUGUAAAUAGCCCUUGCUAAAGGACUAAAAGAACUUUUUUUUUCCCAAGUGAUUGCACUACAGUGCUCAUUUUUCUUCCACAAGUUGAAUUAAACUAAGGACCUUGUUCUUGCUGACACAUGAUAUUAGUUUGCAUUAUCAUUGUGAUAACAGGUGUUAGAUAACACAGAAAUGAAGGGCAAAGGAGACAAAGCUUCAGUCUUCUAGGAAACCUGCAGGGAUGCUUUCAAGCCUUAACUUGUUCACUGUGUUGGAUUAAGAAUGUGAGUCUUCCUUGAGGAUGCUUAUUUAAAUUCUUAGAUCCAUGGCUGUUAACCUAUUCCUUUUUCUUUGUUUCAUUCCAUUUUCAUUGUUCUCUGUUUUUCUUGCAUUUCAUUCACUGCAAUAACCACAACAUUUGCUGUAGUUCAGGUGUUUGGUGCAGCUACACAGAAACCAGGCCUGCACCUUGUGCUGCAUCUCUUCAGUGACUGCCAGUUUAUAUUUGCCUUUUUUCCUUUUACAGAUCACAUCUAAAGUCUCUGAAACUCCAAGGCUGGAAAGUGUUUGACUUUGCUUCUUCCCCAGCUCCUGCCAUACCUUAUUUAGUAAAUCUGACAGCACUUAUAAAAAUAAAUAAGGCAUUCUGUUAGUCACUUCAGCUGUGUGAAACACCCAAAAAGCCUUUAAAGGACAGCAGUUAGCAGGUGGCUCUGGUGACUGAGCCACAGGAGGUGGAACAUGGCUGGACAAAUAUCAGAGGCUGAUCAGAUCAAGCAGUUCAAGGAGUUUCUUGGCACAUACAAUAAACUUACAGAAAACUGCUUUGUGGAUUGCAUAAAGGAUUUCACUAGCAGAGAUGUGAAACCAGAAGAGAUAACUUGCUCAGAAAACUGCCUGCAGAAGUAUCUGAAGAUGACACAGAGGAUCUCCAUGAGAUUCCAGGAGUACCACAUCCAGCAGAACGAGGCUCUGGCAGCCAAGGCAGGACUGCUCAGCCAACCUCGCUAGAGCAGAGCUCUGUGCUCAGACUCAAGCUGUGCCAAGAACACACUGGGGGAUUCCUGCUGUCAGGAUGUGUGUCCAGCAGCUCAGGGCAGAGCUGUGGGUGCUGCUCAGGCAGUGGGAGCAGAAGGGUUAAACAGGAGCUCAGUCCUGGUGGCCUGGCAGUGGAGUUUGUUUCCACAAGGGAAUGAUGCACAUACAACUUUUCCCAGGGCCCACAGACUGUGUCUGAAUUUCAGGGGUGGUGGGAGGGCUCACCUGCCUUUUGCUGAGACUGGUUGAGAUGAAUCAAUGUAAUGUGGGGAAUACUUUUUUAUUUAAUUCAAAUAAAAUCAGCUGGAGCCAUA